CCUGAGAUGACAACCCUCGUAUGCAGGCAUUCAGCAUCAUAGCAACCACAGUGUCUAUACCAGUCAGCAGUCUAUACGCUGACCUCGGAGCUGCAUUGCUAGUUCCCUUUCUGUCCUGAAUCCAAUAUUACUUGCAGACAUCCAAUCACAUCCGAACGAGCAACGCACCUCGACCCGAGAUAUGACCUCCGAUCGUCCUACUCCCUCUACGCACCGGUGACCUACGACCAAUGCUCACAUCCAUCCUGCCCUCGUAGGUCUCUUUUCAACCCCGUGAGACUGAGAUGCCAUCUGUGGCAUCUGAACCUCCUCUGUCCGUCGUCUCCAAUAGCGUCCACUCGAAUUCGUCGUCGUUGGAGGGCCCUCCGAGGAAGUCCCACGACAAGACCAUCAGCGGUGUCUUUACCUACACAAACGGAACCGAUGUCGAGGCAGGAUUGUCUGAUCACAGACUGGAUCAGCUUAAGAGUCUGCGCAACAAUACUAGUCACAGCUCCCUGACAAAUGGCAUUCCUAAUGGAAACGUCAAGGUGCCCCCUCGAGAUCGAACGCAAUCCAAGGCCGGCAGCACCAACUCGGCCGCAAGCACGGGCGCUGCCGCAAAGUACACUGAACAACUCUCGAGGAGUCCCGCGUCAUCAGAGGGACCAUUGACCAAGUUAUCUAGUGUUGAGAAUGCGGCAGAGCAAUAUAUUGACGAGCAAACUAAUGGCCUCCCCGAACCCUCACCCAGGUCGCAGUCGACGCCAGAGUUGGGUAAAUUGAAAACGAACAUCCCUCCCGCAAAGCCCGAGUACGAUCCCUACCACAUGGUCACCGCUUCAACCGUCCCGGAUUCUGCGCGAAUAGAUGGAGAGACGAGCUCCGCCGGCCUCUCUCGCGCUGCCGUUCCCGUACUUGCACGAUUUUCCUCUCCGCCCGCCAUGUCCCCAGGUGCUUCAAUACAGGAUCGACAUUCUGAACUAUCUCCCACUCCCGAGCCCCCGAAACUCACACAUCGCCAUACCCUACAAGUUCCGAAGGCAGGUGGCAUUGGCGCAGUCGGUCGGAGUUCGCGCGACUUCUCCUUUGCAGGCGGGCCUUCUGAAGAAGCGCUCUCCACCGCCACCGGCCGCUUCUCCCCCACACGAGAACAGCACGAUGGAACUGUAGUGCGGCACAGACGAGCGUCGCUCGGCCUGGUUCGUAGGACAACUCGGUCGAUGCAAUCGGAUGCCCAUUUAGAAGAGGUUCCCCCCGAUGAAGAUGCUGCGCGUUGGACAGAGCUCAUCAAGCAGAAACGAGCGAGCAGGCGCAAAAGGAAAGAGGAUGAGGAUGACGACCGCGUUAUUGUCGGCAAGAAGGUCGAGGAGGGCCACGUCAACUGGGUCACCGCCUACAAUAUGUUGACCGGAAUUCGAUUUACUGUGUCGAGAACGAAUGCAAAGAUGGACCGGGAAUUGACGGAUGCCGACUUUGACGCGAAGCACAAGUUCAGCUUCGAUAUCACCGGAAACGAGCUGACGCCGAGUGCCAAGUAUGACUUCAAAUUCAAGGAUUACAGUCCCUGGGUCUUUCGACACCUCAGGGCCAUCUUUGGUCUGGACCCGGCCGACUAUCUUGUCAGUCUCACCAGCAAGUAUAUCCUCUCGGAAUUGGGGAGCCCCGGCAAGUCGGGCUCCUUUUUCUACUUUUCGAGGGAUUAUAAGUACAUCAUCAAGACGAUUCAUCACGCCGAGCAUAAGCUGCUUCGGAAGAUCUUAAGGGAUUACUAUCGACAUGUGCUGGACAACCCUAACACGCUGAUAAGUCAGUUUUACGGUUUGCAUCGAGUCAAAAUCCCCUACGGGCGCAAAAUUCAUUUCGUGGUCAUGAAUAAUCUAUUUCCUCCGCACCGAGAUAUCCACCAAAUGUUUGACUUGAAGGGGUCGACCGUUGGCAGAGACUUUAGUGAGGAAGACUUAGCUAAUAACCCUCGGGCGACGCUGAAAGACAUGAAUUGGUUGCGGAGGGGUUUGCAUCUCGAAUUCGACGCUCGAAUACGACAAAUAUUCCUGGACCAGAUGAAAAGAGACGUUGCUCUCUUGCAGAGGCUCCACAUUAUGGAUUAUUCCUUGUUAGUUGGCAUGCACGACCUGGAGAAGGGGAAUGAGGAGAAUCUGAGGGAGGCGACGCUGCAAGUAUUUCAGCCCGGUGGAGAGAACAACGAGGACGAAUAUGGACCCUCGGUGCUGACCCGAACACCCUCGCGACUGGAGAAUGCGAGAAAAGCGCGAGAAUUGCGGUUGACGCUGAAGAAGGAGAAGCCGGUCCCUAUGGGCUUGGUGAGUGCCAAGAUGCCGUCUGAGAUGGCCUCAGGGGAUGAAAGACGGGAUCGGAUUUUCUACAACUAUGAUGGCGGUAUUCGAGCCACGCAUGAAGAUGGGCGAGGUGGUGAAAUGGUCUACUACCUUGGCAUCAUUGACUGUUUGACCCAUUAUGGUAUGAUCAAAAGAAUUGAGCAUUACUGGAAGGGUCUCUCGGCGCCGCGAGGGCAGAUAUCAGCUAUCCCUCCACAAGCAUACGGGGAACGAUUCGUCAAUUUCAUCACUGGGAUCACCAUGACCCAAGAAGAAGCCAAGAGGCGUGAAACCGGGGAGAGUCACCGAGUCUGGGAACAAGUGCCAAUACAUGCUGCGUCUGCGGAGAAUCUGGGACAGCCAUCAGGCGCGGCCUCUUCUACUGGUCUCGACCCAUCUACGGUGCAUUCUCCGCCCAUCGGUCCAGCAGUGGAAAGGACGAUGAGGAAAGCCCACAAACAAACUGACAAGGCGACGCCGUCUGAGAAAGGUUGGAGUAAAAAUGAAGAGGAGAAGCCAGACCGAACCUUGAAAACAACGGAGGACUCACGUGCCGCCAUGACCUUGCCUGUCGUCACGGAAGCUGGUGAAAGCGCUGGGUCGAGGGAAAACAAGCGGGCGCUGAGUCCGCCGAACGAGGCUGAAGAAGAAAGAGAAGAUCAUACUCCUGACCUGGCCUCGUCACCUGUAGCCAUCGGCUCGUCAACCCCAGGCGUACGCAGAGUAUCCCCUUCGACAGUGGCAACAGCGACAGAAAUGGGAGCAGAUGACACGAGCAUGUCAAGUCCACCGACCCAACCCCUUGACCUCGAUCCAGAGUUGUACUCCGACGACGAAACCCCCUCGCUGCGGGAUCGAAAUGUGGAAAUGGAGAGAGAGUUCAAUGAAAAGCCACCGCGGAUAGCAAGCGAUUUGAUCCAGCCCCAGUCACCUCUUCAGGAUAGCGUGAUGAGAUCGCUUGACGAGCAGAUGAGGGAUUCUGGCGGGAACCAUUAAAUGUCAUGUCACCGAACUCAUCAUCUUUGGAGCAUUACACGGCCACUACGACUUGAACGAAGAGCGCAUGCGGUCUUUUGAGAGCAUCAGCAAUUUCAUUUGUUUGUUUUUUUUUCAGUCAUAUCACCCGACGAGGGACAUGGAUCGUUACAGAGGGAUCCGUAAAGCUUUGGGAACAGGCGUACAGGUGAAAAACAGCAGGCCAGAGCGGGGAAAAAAAAUACUUUGACCAGGGUUGGAGCAUUGCAAACUGCUCCUUCGACGGAAGAGAGCCCAUCCAGUUUCUAUUCGGUCGUGAGGCAACACCGCGGAGCAGGUUCAGAUAAGAGCCGUGUCCUGAACAGGCCAUAUCUGCUGCUUACACCCACAAAAGGAGGUGGCGUCCAGGUUUGCGAAAAGAUUCAUACUUCUGUUUCCAGUAGCGACUCUGUUUUGAGUGAACGACGACCACGGGUAGAGGAGAAAGAAUUGGAAGAGGUAUAUUUUGUACACAUAGCAGGAGGCGAGUGUGGUCCCCUACGAGCGACGAGCCUUGGGGUUCGGAGUAGGUCGAUCAUGACGGCGCCAGCAUACGUAAACCCUGGACAGAUGAUUGACGCAUUUAAACCUCCAUCUGCCAC